AUGACACCAUUUGUAAUGACGGCUUCUAAACCAGGUAGCCGAGGACCCCGCAGACCCAGUCAUGCAGGUCCAGACACUGAAUCUUCAUCAGAGAGCCACUGUUAUAACUCCUACUCAUCUUUCAGCACCUGCCAUAAAAUGUUUUCUCGUGGGCAAAUCUACCUGCCUCCCAAUGACGGAAGAGGCUGGGAUACAGAUGGAAAAGGCCCUUGUGUCUGGGACACAUUCACCCAUCAGGGAAGAGACAGACUUUUCAAGAACCAGACUGGUGAUGUAGCUUGUGGCAGCUACACUCUGUGGGAGGAAGAUUUGAAAUGUAUCAAACAGCUUGGAUUGACUCAUUACUGCUUCUCUCUUUCCUGGUCACGUCUGUUACCUGAUGGGACGACAGGUUUCAUCAACCAGAAAGGAAUUGACUAUUAAAACAAGAUCAUUGAUGAUUUGUUAACAAAUGGGGUCAUGCCCAUAGUGACCCUCUAUCACUUUGAUUUGCCUCAGGCCUUGGAAGACCAAGGAGGUUGGUUGUCAGAGGCAAUCGUUGAACCCUUCGACAAGUAUGCCCGGUUUUGCUUCAGUACAUUUGGGGAUCAAGUCAAGCAGUGGAUCACUAUAAAUGAGCCUAAUAUUUUUGCCCUGCUGGCAUAUGAGUUUGGUGCAUUUCCUCUUGGAGUGCCUUAUGUUGGAACUAAAGUUUAUCAGGCAGCUCAUAAUUUGAUUAAAGCUCAUGCCAGACCCUGGCACAGCUAUGAAUCCUUAUUCUGAUAAGAGCAAAAUAUGGUGUCUCUCUCAAUUUUUGCUGGCUGGGUGGAACCAGCAGAUCCCAACUCAGUGUCUGACCAGGAAGCAGCUAAAAGAGCCAUGGCUUUCCAAUUGGAUUUCUUUGCUAAGCCCAUAUUUAUUGACGGCGAUUAUCCUGAAGUUGUCAAGUCGCAGGUUGCCCUCACGAGUAAAAAGCAAGUUUAUCCAUCGUCCAGGCUUCCAGAAUUUACAGAAGAAGAGAAUAAAAUGAUCAAAGGCACUGCUGAUUUCUUUGCUGUGCAGAAUUAUACGACUUGCUGAGUCAAGUACCAGGAGAAGAAGAAAGGAGAACUGGGUUUACUCCAGGAUGCGGAAGUUGAAGUUUUUCCAGACCCAUCUUGUAUAAGUUUGGAUUUCUAUGUGGUGCCAUGGGGAAUAUGUAAACUACUGAAAUACAUUAAGGAUAUGUAUAAUAACCCUGUAAUUUACAUCACAGAGAAUGGGUUUCCCCAGGGUGACCCGACAUCUUUUGAUGAUGCUCAAUGCUAGGAGUAUUUCAGACAGACGUUUCAGGAACUGUUCAAAGCUAUCCAACUUGAUAAAGUCAGUCUUCAAAUAUAUUGUGCUUGGUCUUUUCUGGAUAUUGAGUGGACCCAUGGGUAUAGCAGCCGGUUUGGUCUCUUCCACGUUGAUUUUGAAUAUCCAGCAAGACCCCGAGUGCCUCACACGUCAGCCAAGGAGUAUGCUAAGAUUAUCCGAAAGAAUGGCCUGGAGGGACCUCUAUAG